AUGUCACUCCUGGCAAAGAGUGUUGUGCACUUGCGUGAUAUCUGGAAAGUCACCUCCAAGCUCCAGGCGAACCGUUUGAGCUCCACGAUGAGUCAAGUCAAAGGACAGCAGCAGGCGAAGACAUCGAAAGAGACCCACGAACAAGGCCAACAGCCGGACAAAACCCCGAAGAAACCAAAGACCGUGGCUGAGCUCGAUCAAGAAAUGCGUUCUGCCAUGGAAGGGUUAGCAGGUGAUGGGGGCGAGGCUGGAUUGGAACUUGAGGAUGGAAAAGCUGUAUCAAUGAAACGUGGUGUUAGGGAGAAUAUGUUCAGAUACAUUUGA